UGUCACCUCACAACUGUGUGGGCAUUCAUACCAUCAGCACUGUGUCUCCAAAGCGAAGCUGUUCACCGAACGGCAAAUAAAGCAUCAUUACGCACCGCAAUGUGACGGAAGAGGAGCGACUCUGCUCGUGGAGUGUUGGAUAUAAAACUAUUUGAUAUUGUCCGGACCCUGUGUGCUCAUCAGGAGAAAUUGGAGGACAUGUGUUAGUGGUUUGCUGUUUGAGGAGAUGCAUUUGUGCAGGUACUGCGUCUUAUGUGGGCUACACUCUGUUGCUACUGGCCAGGAGCGUUACGCACAACAUAUCGCCAUGCAUUAGUGAAAGGCAGUUCAGCGCAGUCAGUCUUUUGGAAUGGGAAACGGUGCAAAACAACAAACAUGAUCCGGAAGGACAAAUUGGAGCCAAAAUGGAUUUAAACCAGUUAGAUCUGUUGGUGGGGAACGUUUCCAAGGAUGAGAACACCACGGACGCACCGCUUGGCUUGCCACACACCGAGGCAGCCACUGCGCUCAUCAUCUUUGUGGUUACCGUCAUUAUUUCGGUGACCAUUGUAGGUAACGUGUUGGUGAUUGUAGCGGUUCUGACCAGCCGGGCUCUCCGUGCGCCCCAGAACCUUUUCCUGGUCUCCUUGGCUUCAGCAGACAUUCUGGUGGCCACACUUGUCAUCCCCUUCUCGCUCGCCAAUGAAGUCAUGGGUUACUGGUACUUUGGGAGUACUUGGUGCGCCUUCUACCUGGCUCUGGACGUUUUGUUCUGCACCUCAUCCAUCGUGCACCUGUGUGCCAUCAGCCUGGACCGCUACUGGUCAGUGACAAAGGCGGUCAGCUACAACCUGAAGCGGACACCUAAGCGCAUCAAGUCAAUGAUCGCUGUAGUGUGGGUAAUAUCUGCUGUCAUCUCCUUCCCUCCUCUCCUCAUGACCAAACAUGAUGAACGGGAGUGUCUGCUAAACGAUGAGACCUGGUACAUCCUCUCCUCUUGCCUGGUGUCCUUCUUCGCUCCGGGUCUCAUCAUGAUUUUAGUUUACUGUAAGAUAUAUAAGGUGGCCAAACAGCGCUCCUCCACCGUAUUCGUUGCCAAAAACGGCCUGGAGAGGCAGCCCUCUCAGUCUGAGACAUGUUUCGUCAGGAAAGACCGUUUUGAGACGGAGAGCCCCAGCAGCCAGAGCUCCGGGAGUCACCAGCGGAGGCAGGGGGAGCUGGAUGACAUAGACCUGGAGGAGAGCUGCUGUCCGGCGGACACUAAACCCCGCAAUCAUCGCUUCAACAAGCGGAGAAAGGUGGAGGGGUCAGACUGCUGCCCGCCUCAGAACUGCCGUCUCUCCUGGGCUUCAGCCCGUGCGUUGCAGCUCCACCCAGAGCAGAAGCACCCAGCUGCGCGACAACAGCUGGCCGCGGCCAACAAGACCAAGGUGGCCCAGAUGCGGGAAAAACGGUUCACCUUCGUGCUUGCUGUUGUGAUGGGGGUAUUUGUGCUUUGCUGGUUCCCCUUCUUCUUUACCUACAGCCUGCAUGCUAUCUGCAGAGAGAGCUGCUACAUCCCUGGUGCACUUUUCAACCUUUUCUUUUGGAUUGGAUACUGCAACAGUUCUGUGAACCCUAUCAUUUACACUAUUUUCAACAGGGAUUUCAGGAAAUCCUUCAAGAAAAUCGUAUGCAGAACUUCAAAACGCAUAUAAACACAGGAAUCCUUUGGGGAAAAUGUUGCCUCUUUCACUGAAUGAUAUAUAAUUGUAUAACUUAUUCUUCUGACUUACUGUGUUCCCUCCCGAAAUUCAUUUUAAUGUAACUCGUGAACUGAAUAAAAUGUGAAGUUUCAAAACAAAAAGGUACAUAUGUUCAGUUCAUCAAAGUUUAAAAUUUGAUGCAAGCAUCAAACAUGGUCAGUUAAUCAAGCAUUAGAUGCAUCUUUGCCACUGUUGUAAUAUAAAGAUCAUUGUAUAAUAAGUCCUGCAACAUGCACCUUUGAGUAAAAAGUUUCUCUAUAAUGGAUAGAUAUUUUGUACCGCAGCAAGCUGGAGGAAAGACCAACUUCAGGGUGAAAUUGAAGUCAUGAAUUUAGUUUAAAAUGCAUGAUUCCAGAGCUGGAGGCUGGUGCACAGUGGGUGUUUUGUGUAAAGAUAAAAAGAAGAUUACUCUCCAUCAUCUAUAAGAUAUGAGCAUGACGAUAAGCAGGCUAGCGGCAUUCAAAAAUGAAAAAAAAAAAAAAAAUGAUGGCAAGUAUUUUAGACACACAUUUAUUUAAACUUGCUGCUGUUUAAGCCACAGCAAGGCAAUUUCUUAUCAAUUAACCCCCAAACUUACAUAACAGUCUAAUCUUAAACCCCCACCGCACUAUCACAGAACUCACACCAGAACACAAUGUCCAAUCUCAGGCCUGUGUGUGCAAAAACUCAAUAAAUCUGUGUUCAAUUUCAACACCUCAAAAAGAUUUAAACAAUGCAAGAGCCCUAUUCUGCUACACAGACAGGUUUUGGUUUAAUGGCAUGCUGAGGAAAAAACAUUGCAGUAGAGUUCAUUAAAUGUAGUCAUACAUUUAUAUUCAAUAUCUUUCCUCUGGCAUGUAGAACAUACCAGAGGAAAGAUAUUGCCACACAACCAAUAAAGGAAACAGUCCCACUCCUUCGAACUUUAAAAUACAAUCUCUCAAGGAGCUCGACUUCCAUCAUACCUCAAAUGUCAUUGGUUGAACAAGAAUGUAAUCCUCUGCUUUACCUAGCUGUAUUAUUAUUAUUAUUAUAGAAAAAGCCAUCUAAAUUAUUCCAUAAGUUAUGACAAACAUGAAAACUAAAUGUUUUGGUCAUGGUAUGUGACUGCACAUUACUGUUUCCCACACGGGCUCAAAACAUGGUUGCUUCAUGAUGCAUCUGGGACCAAAACUGUAUGUGUAGUGAAAAGUGAAAAGAAGGCUGGCCAGCUCCAUAUCAGCCUAUUGUCUGCAGGGGAGUGCUGGGGAUAGAUACACUAUUUAUAUCCUCUUAGGAAUGUCUUCAAAGCAUCUUACGGCUUACUGGCGCCUGCCAAAGAUAAUCACCCUGUUUGAGGGGUGUUAUGGUUAAAAGGAAAUUUCAAGAAGGUUAAUGAAUUUGUUUUUGUGAAGAGUGCACAUAUUCAUGAGGGUGGUGUUAAAAUAUCACUGAAGAGAAAAAGAAUGAAGGUGUUGGUAUAUUUCCUAUUCCACUUGACGUUCCGCAUUAUUUUAUUCAGGAAGAUAAUCAGACAGUCUGAGAGAGGUUAGAGGGAGGAAACUUUAUCUCAAAGGGAUUCAUAAACUCUCAAAACAAAUGAAAUGUCUGGGUCAAGUCACAGCAACAGGAAGCUGUGAAAAAAGCAUUGUGUCUUCAUCUUGAAGGAUUACUGUUAUGGGAGUGGUGUUAUUUGGAACAUGUGUAACUUAAUAUUGUUGUGUACAUGUUAUAAAAUGUCAUUUCUCUGGACAGCACUUUCAUUACUCCGAAAGCGUGUUGCAUUCUCCGAGGAGGAAAUAUUUAUGUGAGCACUUUGUAAUUAUCUCCCCGAUUUCCAUCUAACAAGAAGUCCAACUCUCUUGUUAAAUCUCAUUUUCUAAUUCAAUUAGCUUUCCAAUCAUCUGCUCUGCAGCAGCAACAUGAAACACAAUGCUUUUAAUCAGCUGUUUGUUCUUUAUGUUGCAUCAAGUCCUGUUUUGUCUCUCAGAGGCAUUUCUCCUGACACAGUUCAGCUCAGUUACAUGUUGUCUACCAAACUGAGAGUUCUAACACGUAAAAACAGCAUAGCUUGUUAUAUUACGGUUGUUCUCAAAUACAGAUCUCUCACAACCCCACACUAUUCAAGACAAAUGCUGUUAUUGUAUUUGUAUUUAAGAUAAACUAAGUGUUGUUUCUGUCUGUUUAUUUAAAAGCCUCUUAUACUGAACCCUUUAUUCAUCCUAGACUGUAAACAAAGUCGGAGACUAUAGUUCAGGAAGAAAUGCGACACCCCCUAACCUCUCGAAUCCUCCUCCGAAGGUCUAAAGAGAGCUUUCAGAUCCCAGAGCGGGAUGGUGAAGGGAAAGUUUUUUGUGGAUGGUCAGUGCGUACUGCCGGGAGUUCAGUGUCAGCGAGGAAGGCAAUGCUAUUUGCAGUCACAUUUACCCAAAGGAAAGAUGCUUAAAAUGUUUCAAAAUCGGAGCAGCAUCUUAGGAUGAGAGAGGCUGAAGGAUGCCAAGAGCAGUUGUCCUUGUUACGCUACCUUGUUUGUCAGGCACAAUGCUGCAUCUGCAGGUAAUUGCUUCUUUUUUCUUCAAUCGUCUCUAACAAGAUAAGGGUUGAAGGCGAGCAAGGCCAAAAGUGGCAUCAAUUCCAGGAAGCCUUGUAUCUUGAGAAGAGCCAGUUUGUCAUUAGUGUAAAUCACCUGGUGUCACGUCCAGAGGAGGGGAUUGACAUCACUUCCUCCAGGUCGUUCUAAGGAAUAUAUAUAGCCGUUAAACACAAUCAGUCUUGAGGUGUCAACGGAAAUCAGAGAGCUUUGUGUUUUAUGUCUCUGCAUGCACAGCUCCUCGAAAUUAAGACAAAUUAUUUUGACAGCCCCUGUAUUCUUAAGAAGAUAAACAAGCUGAUUAAACUGAACUUGUUUGGGAUGAAAAAAAAGGGAUUGAAGGCUUAUUGGCUCAAUGUCUUUCAAACCAACGUUAACUGAAGAAACAAUUUUGUGCUGUUGUUGUUGAUUAUUUGUGGUGUGAAAACCUAUUUCCUUACAAUGUAACCAUGGAUACUCAAUCCAUAGACCUACCUCCUCAUGUUCUUUUGCUGUUUCAUUUGGUGAACAAAUAUUCAAGUGUCGUUUUUCAAAGGGAGAUGUGGCUGUGUCUAUUCGUCAACAUUUUUCAUUCCUGAACAAGCCUUGUAUAUUCAUUUCAGAAAUAAAAUAGUAUGCAAAUGUGUUUC